AUGACUGCAGUCGCCAGCGCGCUAGCGUUCCCUCAAGUGUCGCGUUCAUCAUGGGGUACUAUUAAUGGAAAUAUCCCCAUGAACCCAGACGAAGUGCGAGGCAUGUUCCCUCCUCGCAAGAACCUCGCGCGAAGCAGCUCAUCAUCGUCGAUAUCAUCCGACUCCUCAAACACCUCUGUUGCUACGAACGGCUCUCAUUCAAACGGCACCUCCCUAUCGAGCACAUCCGACACCAGCCAAUGGUCAGCCAAUGGUCCGCAGCGAAAACGACCACAACCAAAGAACCCGUGGCCCACCGGGAAAAUAGACAUGUCCGCCGAGUUUUCUCGAGUAGCCAACGGCCGACCAAAUGGCAUGCUACCCCAUAGCGUCAUGCAGCAGUCGGUCGGCGGGGGCGGUCAAGCUCAAAUGACGCCGCAGGGCAUGAUGCGAGGGCCCGGACCAGAGCAGUCCCAAGGGGGGCAGCCUGUCCUGUACCUUCUUUCUAUGAAUGGCACGUUUGAACGCAAGACAAUUGUUGUCCCCUUUGCUCCUGAUAGCUUGCGGAUCGGACGUCAGACGAACCAAAAAACUGUACCGACUCCCACAAACGGAUUCUUCGACAGCAAGGUCCUCUCCAGACAGCACGCAGAGAUAUAUGCUGAACGAAAUGGAAAAAUAUUUAUUCGCGAUGUGAAAUCCUCCAACGGCACUUUUGUCAACGGCACACGCCUCUCACAAGAAAACCGGGAAUCGGAACCCCACGAGUUGCAGACUGCCGACCACCUCGAGCUUGGCAUCGAUAUCGUUAGCGAAGAUCAAAAGACAGUUGUUCACCACAAAGUCGCGGCGAAAAUUGAGCACGCUGGGUUUUUGGCCGCCUCGAAUAACGUUCUGGAUAUGAGCUUUGGCGAUCUAGAUCCCGCUAAUGGCUCCAUGAUGAUGCCACCCGGUCAAAUGCAGACGCGAGGUCGGCAGGUUAACAACAAUAACAACAAUAUGGGGCCCAAUGGGCGCAUAAUGCAGAACGGACCUAUGCCUAACCCACAGCCAAAUGGCAUGACGCAACAACGGCCAUUUUUCGUCCCGCCAAUUGCAACCGACCAAAUUAUGAAGCGUCUAGCUACAGAAAUGCGAAAUGCAAAGCUACAGGGUCAGGAUUUAAGCCGGACAAAUCAGUUCGUUACUACUCUUUUAUCGAAGGACGACAUCAAAGAUCUGGAGAAGGUCGAAACGCAAGAGGCCCCAAAACCUUCACCAAUGGUUAAUGGUAAUGGUAUUGCGCUGAGGACGGACGCAAAGACGCGCUUCUCCGACCCUCCUGCACCACCACCACAGCAGCCGCUUCCAGAAAAACCCGACGUGCCCAGUCUCAAACGCGCAGCUGGGGAACGCCCAAAGUCCGGUCCCACACUGUCUUCUCCUAUCCGACAGGAUAAUCUCAGCCAGAUCAUUCAGCUGACAGAAGCACUCAACAAUGCGAAGAGAGAUAUCGACACGCAGUCGGCGAGGAUGCGUGAGCUUGAAGCGAUGCUUGACAAAGAGCGAGAAGCGAGAGCUUUCGCCGAGGACCUGGCUAUGCGCCUAGAAGAAUCUGCCAAGAGCCAAAUGAAUGGUUCCGCCGUAACGCCUGCGAAUGCGGAAGAGACACUAGCAGAACCCACCGUCUUGGCGGACAGUACGGAAGAUAUUGCCGAACCGUUGCUUGAGGAAAGCAAGGACCUUGUCAAUGGGAAAAGCGACGUGGACAACGUCCUGCAGACUCGUCUCAGCACCAUGGAAGCGCAAGUAAACGAGCUUCGGGAUCAGAUGGAACUGUGGAAAGCACGCUGCGAAGCUGCGGAGACUGAGCGAGACACUGGCCGGAAAUCACUGGCCGAAAUGGUCACCAAGUUGCGAGAAGAAGAGGCUCGCAGGCAAGCUGCCGAAGAGAAGGUCUUGUCCAGCUCUCUGCAACUGCCCGAAGAUGGCAGUGGUGCUUCAUCUUUAAGAGAGGCUCCCAUUGCCAGCUCUGCUGCGACUGAAGUGGUCAAUGACGAGAGCACCAAGACCGAUGAGCCGGAGAAACUGGAAGAGAGCCCUACAUUAUCAAGAGCCAAUACCAUUACACCCCUCAACGCGCAUCGACGUGGUUCAUUGCAGGACGACAGACUCUAUAGCGGGCUACCAUAUGCAUCGAUGCUGGGUGUUGUCUUGAUUGGUAUGGGAAUGAUGGCCGUGAUCAAUGGAUGGCAGUCGCCUCCAUCGCGACUGGAAAGAUAA